CCUGAAGCAUCCGCCCCCCUGCGACGCCGCCCGCCGCCCGCGUCAGGGCACAGCGUGGCGCCACGAGUGUUGAUGGACGUGAGUGACUUAUUGUGUUUUACCGCGGACAUCCUGGGCGGGCGCGGGUCAGCCAUCAGCCGUGUGCGUGGUGCAAGUUGAUGGUGAGGAUGGAAAAUCAGGGGACUCCUCAUCCAACAACAACAACAAUAACAACAACAACAACGAACGCAAAACCCGAGACGCCUCCAACCAGACACUCGAAGCCGACAAUGACGCUCCCUCGGGCCUCCCCUUCCCCCUCCAUCCCUCCCGACGGCGACGACGAAGAAGACGACGACGACGCCUCAACGAAGGAAACGGGAUAUACCUGGCGGCCGAGGAAGAUGAGGAUGAGGAUGAGGAAGAAAAUGAGGAGGAUGAAAAUGACGAACUUGCAGGAGGAGCGGGCAAGAAAGAGAAAGAAAAAAGGAAGAUGAAGGGAAGGAAAGGUGGAAAGGAGAACGUUGACCUCAAGAUGAUAUUAAUAACGGGUGGAGAGAUGGAGGUAGGAGGAGGAGACGAAAGAGGAGGAGGAGGAAAGAGGAGACCUGAUCACCCAUCGUCCUCCUCCUCCCCUUGUUUAGAGAUGCGGAGGAAAAGGAGGAAAACGUCUGAUUCCUCUUGGACAACGAACUCAGCCAAUCACUCAAGGACAAUCCGAGCCAAAGAGGAGGAGGAGGAGGAGGUGGAAGAAGAAGAGGAGGAGGAGGAGGAGGAAGCGUCGGAACGGGAGGAGGAGGAGGAGGAGGGGGGAAAGUCCAUCCAGCUGCUUCCCCGCCGCCCAGGACCGGUCAUCAGAGGGGGGGAGGGGAUGGAAGGGGGGGAGGGGGAGUCCAGAGUCCACCCGAAGUCGUUUGAGCGGCGGGCGAGAGUGCAGGUCAUCAGGGCGAGUGGCGGCGUGAAAGUGCUAAUCAACACAGGUGUGGGAACGCGGCGGCGGCGGCGAGCACUAGGAAGAGGAGGAGGAGGAGGAGGAGGUGAUGAUGGUGGUGAUGAGGGUGAGGCAGGCAACCCGGUGAAGAGAAUCGCCGUCUCUACUCUCAAUUACUUCGGCGGGGGAGAUGAGGUGGAGAGAACGCCAAACAACAACAACAAGAGCAAUGUCAGGGUGAUGGUGCCGCUGGAGGACGAAGAAGAGGAAGAGGUGGAGGGAGAGGUGACUUUAGCAUCAACAGCAACGACGACGACGGUGAAGGAGCGGGAAAAGAGGAAGAGGAGGAUAGAGACGAGCGACGAAAGGAGUAGAAGACUGAGGAAGUUGAGGAGGAAAAGAGACAGCCACCACCACCACCGUCACCACCACAGUCAUCACCACGGCCGAGGACACAUGGAGAACAGGCUGCCUCCUCACACGUCCCUUGCAACCCGACCUCGCGAGACUCCCCUUCGGCAGCUCCCGAGGGCAUGCGAGGCCAACACGAGGACGCAGGACCCAUGGAAAUGCCGGAAGGAUACUCUCGGUCUCUCUGAAGAUGCGAACGAGAACUACCACAUCGAAAAGAACUGCGAAACUCCUUCAGCGCCUUCAGGAGGGAAAAGUGAAGCUCUGUCCAAGGGGAAAAGAGACCAUAGAAGUGGGAGGAGUGAGGAACCAUCAGGACCUUAUACUUUUGAUGACAUGGUGGCCGAGGCGAAAAGAAAACGGGAGAGCCUCACCGGCGGGAGAACUGACGAAGGCGACGAAGGAAACAACAACAUCGACCAUAAGGUGAAAUGCGACUCAGCGGAUAGGAAGCUUCAGGGGGAGAAGGAAGUCUCGAAAAACGAUAGUCACACGUGUCCUACCCGCCGCCCCCUUCCGCCCCUCCCGGCUCUGUAUCCCCUCCAUCCGAACAGCAAGGGCGGGGGUGAACGGGAGGGGAAGGGCGGGAAGAACAGGAGACUCGGGGACAAGGGAAAGUGUUCUGUGAGACGCCGCGAGAACACAGUCGUCAAACACGCGAAGGUGACGCCGCGCGAAAGUGACUUACCUGGUGAAAGCGUAAAAGUGAAAGUCGAACCCAAGGAAGGUGACUGUGAGAAGCAGACCACCACGGACGACCUGCCUCAGCCCGUCAUCUUCAGCGGCGACGGCGGCGGAGUGGCUGUAGUGGCGGCGCGGGGCUCGAUCCCUGGUACGCCCCUCACCACAACGCCCCUCGCCACCUCAGCCACUGCCGCCCAAAUCGCGCCGCCCUACACCAUUCGCCUCAGUCUGGCCGGCCUGCAGCACGUCAAGCCGACCAUCGUCAUCAUCAGCACCGGCAAAGGUAAGCACAGGCAGGUGUUGCUAAUUAGUGCGGGAAUCGCCUCACCUGCUAUUGUCAUCAGCGGAGCAGCCUCAGGUAAGCGCCCCCCAGCCUAAUCUCAACGCUCAUUUGCAGGUUUUAAUUAGUUUCGUGGCUUACCUGGAGUGUUCUUAAAGAGUAAUUGCCUCCCACCACCGCUACCGCUACCACUACCAUCACCACCACCACAAUCAUCACCACCACUACCACUACCGCCACCACUAUCAUCACCACCACUACCACCAUCACCACUAGCAAGGGACUAUAUUCUUCUUCUACCCUUCUACCACCUUUUCAUCAAUAGCUA